AUAGUGAAGACGACUAACAUUUUUUGAACCAUCACAUCUAUUUCUUACACGACACGUUUUCCUUCUUACUCUGUUUUUUCUAUUUCUACAUCUUCAGCUCCUUCAAAAUUCAAACAGAAAAAAUAAAAACUACGUAAGGGAAAUCAUGGCUGCCGGAGAAGGAGGCCAAAAAGUUGAUGAGUUUCAGCCACAUCCUGUUAAAGAUCAACUUCCUGGCGUCGACGUCUGCGCUUCGAGCUCUCCUUCAUGGCCUGAAGCGGUUUUUCUUGGGUUUCAGCACUACUUGGUAAUGCUUGGAACAACUGUUCUCAUUCCAACCAUACUUGUCCCAUUGAUGGGUGGUGGCAACAAAGAGAAGGCUGAAGUGAUAAAUACUUUGCUCUUUGUUGCGGGCUUAAACACGCUCACUCAAACUCUGUUUGGCACUCGGCUUCCAGUUGUGAUGGGUGGUUCAUAUGCUUUCAUUAUUCCAACUGUCUCCAUUGCCAUCUCUAACAGAUUCAACAUAUAUGUUGAUCCUCAUGAGUGGUUUAAACAGUCCAUGAGAGCUAUACAAGGGGCACUCAUUAUUGCAUCACUUUUUCAUAUGAUCAUUGGUUUCUUUGGCUUCUGGAGAAUUUUUGGAAGAUUUCUGAGCCCUCUUGCCGCAGUUCCUUUGGUAACUCUUACUGGACUUGGGCUCUAUGCUCUAGGCUUCCCUCAGCUGGCAAAAUGCGUCGAAAUUGGACUCCCAGCAUUGGUGAUUUUGGUUCUCGUAUCUCAGUACAUUCCCCAUAUGUUGAAAUCCAGAAGAGGCACGAUUGAGCGAUUCUCCGUCCUCUUCACCGUCGCUGUUGUAUGGGGAUAUGCUGAAAUUUUGACUCUAGCUGGGGCAUAUGAUAGAAGAUCCCUAAAAACUCAAUUAAGUUGUCGUACUGAUCGUUCUGGACUCCUUAGUGCUGCUCCAUGGAUAAGGAUUCCAUAUCCAUUUCAGUGGGGCUUACCCAGUUUUAAUGCCGGUGAUUCUUUUGCAAUGAUGGCUUCUUCUUUGGUUGCUAUUAUUGAGUCUACAGGCACUUUUAUUGCAGCAUCAAGAUACGGAAGCGCCACUCCUAUGCCGCCUUCUGUACUUAGCCGUGGUAUUGGUUGGCAGGUAGCAAACAAUUUUAUCAUUUCUCACUUCAUUAUGUGCUACACUCUGUGGCCGCAGGUCCUGAUAUCAAGAUAUUGGUUCAAAAUUUUUUAUUCUCAGGGAAUAGGUAUACUGCUUGAUGGUGCUUUUGGCACAGGAAGUGGCACCACUGCUUCAGUUGAGAAUGCAGGUCUUUUGGGAUUAACACGAAAUGGAAGUCGAAGAGUCGUUCAAAUAUCUGCUGGAUUUAUGAUUUUCUUCUCUAUAUUAGGAAAAUUCGGGGCUGUUCUCGCUUCAAUACUAUUACCAAUUGUAGCAGCUCUGUACUGUGUCUUCUUUGCCUAUGUGGGUUCUGCUGGGUUGAGUUUCCUACAGUUUUGCAAUCUAAACAGCUUCAGGACUAAGUUCAUUUUAGGCUUCUCUCUUUGCAUGGGGCUUUCUGUGCCACAGUACUUCAAUGAAUAUGUAGUGACUUCUGGUCAUGGCCCAGUACACUCUGGCUCAACAGCGUUCAACAACAUAUUUCAAGUGAUUUUCUCGUCCCCAGCCACAGUUGCAAUUAUAGUUGCUUACUUCUUGGACUGCACUCACAGCGUUAAGCACAGUGAAACCCGGCGAGAUAGUGGCAGGCACUGGUGGACGAAGUUCCGGUAUUUCGAACGAGAUUCAAGGAGCGAGGAGUUCUAUUUGCUGGCCUUCAAACUUAAUAGGUUCUUCCCUUCAAUCUAGAUUGGCAUGUCAGAUGAAGAGCUUCAAAUUUGGUAAACAGAAAUAUUGAAAUUCUUAUACUAGGCAAUUAUUUUGUUGGGGGAUUAUGCAUUUUAUGCUAUUCAGCUAAUCAAUGAUAUAGAUGAAGGCUAAUAACUUUUACAACAGCAGAAGGGCGUGGCCAUAAUAAUAUUGCUUUCAGAUAAAAAAAGAUUAAAGCAAUGGAAAUGGGUCAAAAGCCUGAGGAACAAUUUUAAAUGAAUAUGAAUGGGUCCUUGAGAUA